AUGUCUUUCCGCACUCUCAGAAUUGGUCUUAUCCCUGGUGACGGUAUCGGCAAGGAAGUCAUUCCUGCUGGUCGCCGCAUUCUCGAAGCCCUGCCCUCGUCUCUCGGCCUCAAGUUCGACUUUGUCGACCUCAAGGCUGGCUUCGAGACCUUUGAGCAGACCGGUGCUGCCCUCCCCGACAAGACUGUCGAGAUACUCAAGAAUGAGUGUGAUGGUGCGCUCUUUGGAGCCGUGAGCUCUCCUACCCAGCCCGUCAAGGGUUACUCAUCACCCAUCGUCGCCCUGCGCAAGAAGCUCGACCUCUACGCCAACGUCCGACCUGUCAAGACUGUCAUGACCGCCGCUAAGCCUAUCGACAUGGUCAUUGUCCGUGAGAACACCGAGGAUCUCUAUGUCAAGCAGGAGCAGACCCACGACACUCCUGAGGGUAAGGUCGCCGAGGCUAUCAAGCGCAUUUCCGAGAAGGCUUCGUUCCGAAUUGCUACCAUGGCUGGUGACAUUGCUCUACGCCGACAGAAGAUCCGAGAUGCCGGUGCCUCCAGCAUCCACAAGUCUCCUCUCGUCACCAUCACCCACAAGUCCAACGUCCUGUCUCAGACUGAUGGUCUCUUCCGUGCCACCUCCAAGAGGGCCCUUGCCGACCCCAAGUUCUCCUCCGUCGCCGUUGAGGAGCAGAUCGUCGACUCCAUGGUUUACAAGCUCUUCCGUCAGCCUGAGGACUACGAUGUGAUUGUCGCCCCCAACCUGUACGGUGACAUUCUCUCCGAUGGCGCUGCUGCUCUUGUCGGUAGCUUGGGUCUUGUCCCCAGUGCCAACGUUGGCGAGGGCUUCGCUAUUGGUGAGCCUUGCCACGGCAGCGCUCCUGAUAUCCAGGGCCAGAACAUUGCCAACCCCAUUGCUACUCUCCGGUCUACCGCGCUGAUGCUCGAAUUCCUCAACGAGGAGGAAGCUGCUGCCAAGAUCUACGCUGCUGUCGAUGGUAACCUUGAGGAUGGCAAGCUGCUCAGCCCUGACCUGGGUGGAAAGGCCAGUACUGAGGAGGUUGUUGCCGACAUUCUCCGACGCCUGUAA